AAAUGUUAUAACUCCUUGGUUAUUUUCACAACAACUCGUCUCGUAACUGGCUCAUGAUCUGUCCACAUGUAGAUGAAAACCGUCAUCCAUAUAAAACAUACAAGCAUAUUGGCGUCUACCGUGACGGACGGCGGAAUGAUCAAGUCAAGCGAUUUGCGAAGUCUAUCUCUGGAAGACUUUGAAACGAAAGCGAAGGAAAUCAUUGAAAAGGAGGGAUGGGACUAUUACGAUUAUGCAGCAGGACGCAAGUGGACGUACAAUGAUAGCUUUAAGGCAUUUGGCAGGUAUAUUAUUCGUCCUCGUAUAAUGCGGGAUGUCGGUGAGCGUGACCUUGCAACAACAGUACUCGGCCACCCCAUCAGCAUACCCGUUUGUGCUGCUCCCACAGCUUUACACGUUUAUUCUCAUCCCGACGGGGAAAAGGAGACAGCGAAAGGUGUGAAGGAAGCAGGGAGUUUAAUGAUUCUAUCAAGUGAGGCUUCGACCACCAUCGCAGACGUAGCAGGAGCGGCACCAGGAGCGCUGCGGUGGAUGCAGACCUACAUCUUCAAGAAUCGAAAGCACACCGAGCACAUCGUGAGGCAAGCGGAGAGGGCGGGCUUCAAAGCAAUCGUACUCACCGUUGAUUCGCCCGUGACUGUCAAUUGGGAUGAUUUGGACGAUAGCUUCCUUGCAGAGGGACAUGGCAAAACUGAUCCAAAGUACAGGUGUAUAAAUCUGGACAUCGAUCUUCCAGAAGUUCAUGCCGCCAAAGCGUCGGGGGACACCAACCUCACGGGAUAUCUCCCAGAACAACAUAACUCACCGAUCACAUGGGACGAUUUCAAGUGGCUGAAAUCGAUAACAUCAUUGCCAGUCGUCUGCAAGGGAAUCCUCACAGCUGAAGGAGCUAGAGAGGCAGCAGACGCCGGAGCAGCAGGCAUCAUUGUGUCAGCACAUGGUGGAAGACAGCUUGAUGGUGCACCAGCUCCAAUUGAUGCGUUAUCUGAAGUCGUAGACGCUGUUAGAGGUAGCGAUGUGGAGGUAUACUUAGACGGUGGUGUUAGGUCAGGCAACGAUGUCUUCAAGGCAUUGGGGAGAGGUGCGAGAGCUGUCUUUAUUGGUAGACCAAUCCUCUGGGGUCUUGCUUGUGGUGGUGCCGAUGGGGUCAAGAGGAUCCUUACCAUGUUAGGCAAUGAGCUUAGUGACGUCGUGGCUCUUUCGGGAUGCUGUAGUACACGAGACAUCCCGCCAGACAUGAUCGUACACAAGUCUUACUAUGCAAGCAAAGAACGUGUCGGAAAAGCCUCCAAGAUUUGCCCGAAUUGUAGUUGCAAACUAUGACGAUAUUAUUCAAUACAUUCAUUUUUUCAAUAAAUUCUUUCCAUAGUAAGGAGGGGGGGGGGGG